AAUUUUGCCACUUCUUUUUCUUACCUUUGCUCAAGACGCCAACGUUACAAUAUUCAACAUGGAACACAUUACUGAAGAUGAGGCCGCACUCUAUGACCGCCAGAUUCGCCUAUGGGGACUUGAAGCUCAACAUAGGAUGAGAAACGCAUCCAUCUUGAUCGUAGGGAUUCGUGGCUUAAGCAACGAGGUCUGCAAGAAUAUUAUCUUGGCUGGUGUAGGAUCAAUCACAUUGCUGGACCAUGAAAUUGUAACAGAGGAAGAUCUUGGCGCUCAAUUUUUAAUUCGUCAAGAAGACAUUGGCCGUAAUCGAGCAGACGCAGCAGCAGAGAGAGCAAGGCUUCUUAAUCCUAGAGUGAAAGUGAUAGUGGAUCAGGAUGACAUUGCUCAGAAAGCGGAUAAUUUUUUUACAGAAUUCAAUAUUGUGUGUCUCACAGGAUGUAGUCCUAAGCAGAUGAUCCAUAUUGAUCAUGUGUGUAGAAAGUCAAACAUUGGAUUGUAUAUUGCGGACGUGCAUGGAUUUUUUGGAUAUAUUUUUUGUGAUCUAACACAUCAUGAAUACUGCGAAGAAUCGCAAGAGCCAGCGUCAGAGAAGCGAAAAGAAGCAGAAACUGUUAUUAGCAAGAGGAGUCAGGAUUAUGAUAGCUUAUUGGACACAAUGGAAGCAUCAUGGGGCAAUCCUAAACCAAAAGCAUUGCGACGAAAAGUAUCUCCACUGCUUUUUGCCAUUCAAACGCUAUGGUUGUUCCGACAGGAAAACGGAGGUAAACUACCUCAAAGCACCAGUCAGGAAGAUUUGGAUGCCAUGUUUAGGAUAAGAGACGAGAGACUCAAAUCUGCACAGGUGGACGGAGCCUUUUUGGACAAUGAACUGAUUCAGACACUUGUCAGUACUGUCUCUGCGGAGAUCUCUCCUGUUUGUGCGAUCGUCGGAGGAUUUCUUGCCCAAGAUAUCCUGAAGACACUUUCUGGCAAGGAUGCUCCUCUACUCAACUAUUUUCUCUAUAACGGCUUGCAAGGAAGCGGAUUGGUACAUCAUGUUCAAAAAGCUAAUAAAUAA